AUGACCAUGAAUACCCUAUACAUUCUUAUUUUUGUUUUAAUCUAUAUUAUUCAAAUACCUGUUGAUGGUAUUCAAUGUUAUCAAUGUAGUAGUGAAGAAGAUGAAUUUUGUCCAGCAUUUGGAAAAUUUGAUGAAACAAAAAAUGCUCUUGUUGAUUGUUUUAGUUUAGAAUCAUAUGUACCAGGACAUAUGUGUAUGAAAAUGGUUAAAGAAAGUUAUGAUACAUUUUAUGCAAAAGGAUUUAAGACUGUGAUACGUUCAUGUGCUUCACGAUCAACAUUAGGUGUUGCUCAAGGUUGUCGAUAUUUUGUUGAUGAAGUUGGACUUGAAGUAGCUGUUUGUUACUGUGAAAAUCGUGAUGGUUGCAAUGGCAGUUCAAUGAAUAUACAUUCCAUAUUACUUCUUACAUUGACAUUGUUUAUCGUUUUUUUUUAUUCAUUCUUAUAA